AUGAAGAUCAUCGCCAUGGGAUUAAUUGGCGACCAAGGCGCUUAUUUGAUGGAUCCAUGGAAUUGGAUGGACUUUAUCGUGGUGUUCAUCGGCAUUUUGGCCGUAAUUCCCGGUAUUCCCAACGUGUCGAUGCUACGAGUGUUCCGGGUAUUACGUCCAUUGCGAAGUUUGAAUGCUGUCGCUGGCAUGAAGAAACUUGUAUCGGCGCUGCUCAAAUCUAUUCCAGAGCUGCUAACGGUCGUAGCAUUUCUCUGUUUCCUAUUUUUUCUGUACGGGGUAAUUGGAGUGCAGCUGUGGAGUGGUGUAUUGCACCCUCGGUGUCGUGUCACGCCAUAUCCGGUCUACGUGAACCCCGACGUCAAAUUUGGAACCUUCGACGAGUACAAAGCGACAGUACUAGCGAACUAUUCGCUUUUUCCCUGUGUUGACGAGUACAACGAUCAAAUUCCACUCUCGAAUGCAUCCUGGUCUCACGACACUUCUCCAUGGAGAACUCCGCGGCAAUGCUUUUGGCCUGUAGCUGAUGAGACCCCCGCUCGAACGUGUUCUCUCGGCGACGACCAGUUCCGUCAGUGCCCGGACGGGCAGAUCUGCGGGUCUGAUUAUGACGACUUUGGGAACCUUCGGUUUACUCACCCGGACUCGCUAAUCGUUCAGCGUGUUCUCCAGAGCUCAACGUAUAGUUCUGACUUAAAUUGGGGCUUCCUGCACUUCGACAGCAUUGGGUCGGCAUCAUUGGCAAUCUUUCAGUGUAUUACACGUGAAGGCUGGAGUGAUAUCAUGUACAUGCUGCAGGACGCCGGAUAUGGCACGGUUGCUGUCAUUUACUUCGUGUCCUUUAUCAUUUUUGGCUCGUUUUUCAUGCUCAAUCUGACACUGGCGGUCAUUUGGGACAACUUCUCGGAAGCCUCGUUCCUCGAAGCGGAGGAAAGGAAGACACAGAAGAAAGCGAGAGCCCUCACACUAGCACUACGAGCAGCCCAAGCUGCAAGCGACGGGGCCUCGCCUUCACGCGUGCAGAGUCUUUUCGGUGCUAUAGUAAAUCACUGGAUGUUCAAUGUGGUCCAGACAACUCUGAUCUUGCUAAACACCAUCAUUUUAUCGCUGGAUCAAUACCCCAUCGACAGGAAGCUUAAUGAGACGGUGGAAAAGAUCAACUUUGCUCUGACGCUCGCGUUCUUUAUUGAGGCUCUCCUGAAGGUUGUCGGCUUGGGCUGGAAACGAUGGCGCGAUGAUCGAUACAACCAAUUCGAUGCCGUGAUUGUUGUGGUCAGUACCGUGGAGCUAAUCCUGUCACCGCCAGCAUUUAUACGUCAACAAGGCGCGUCUUCGACGGCAUCUUCCUUCUCAGGGUUGAGAUCUUUUCGACUCUUUGCAUUGUUUAAACUCGCACGCUCCUGGCCCUCCCUACAGAAGUUGUUGACUACAAUGAUCAGCACUUUGCAAGAAGUCGGCAAUUUCAGCGUCUUGUUCAUGCUGUUUCUGUAUAUUUACGCACUUAUUGGGAUGCAAACAUUCGCGAACCAGUUUCGCUUCGAUGAGUACGGAUACCCUGUGGACCGGAACCACGAGGCUGCUUAUAUUCCAAGGGCGAACUUCGAUACGCUGUUGUGGUCAGUGGUCACUGUAUUUCAGAUCCUCACAGGUGAAAACUGGAACGUUGUAAUGAUGGACGGAUGGAGGUCGUCUGGGUGGUCUGCCGUGCUUUACUUCGUCUCGCUAGUAGUGCUGGGAAACUUUAUCGUGCUCAAUUUGUUUUUGGCAAUUUUACUCGGGAACUUUGACGAGUCAAACGACGAGGAAAGAGACGCCCAACGUGAGGCCUUAAAGCGUAAAUCUCGAGUCGCCCCGACCACUAAUAACCAGUUAUCCUCUAGACGUGACGUGGACUACCGCUCCAGCACUACAGAGGAAAGAAGUCGGAGUCGAACUCGAAGUCGAAGCCGAACGCAGAGUCGAAGUCGUUUAACUGUCGGUGGUCGCCGAGAAGCGCUGGCAACUUCGUCGCGUAUGUUCCAUGAACUUCCAGGUGCUGUGCGACGUCAUGGCUCGAGUUUUCUUAAGAACCGAUUGGGUUUGCAUCGCUCACUGUUCAUUCUCGCACUGGACAAUCCCAUUCGAAAACUAGCGACGCGAAUUCUUCUGCAUCCGCAAUUCGACAACUUCUCCCUGGCGUUGAUAAUCGUCAGCACGAUCGAGUUAGCUAUUGACAACCCACUCAGUUCACCAGAUAGCUUGCUUACCAACAUUCUAUCGUGGUUUGACGCAGUUUUAACUGUGCUCUUCAUGAUCGAAGUAGCUAUCAAGAUCAUUGCGUACGGGUUCGUGCUGCACAAGGGAGCGUACCUGCGCAAUAGCUGGAAUUUGAUGGACUUUGUCAUCACAGCAACGGCGGCAUUUUUCAUGUUCCAAGGGAGUUCUCAGUUCAAAUUUGUGAAAACACUACGGACUUUUCGGGCUCUACGUCCUCUGCGAAUGAUUAAUCGGAACCCUGGUCUAAAACUGGUGGUGAGCUCACUGAUUGCGUCCAUCCCGCAGAUUGUGAACGUUAUCAUGGUAUGUUUGCUGGUGUUCAUGAUUUUCAGCAUCUUAGCUGUUAACAACCUGAAGGGAAAGUUCUACAGCUGCCAAGGCAACGUGUUUGCUGCUUUGUCUUCAGCCCAGCAAGCGUUUAUAGCUUCACCAAGACCUUGGACCAACUUGACAGUAGCAGAACAAACUUGGUUCAACCACUCGACAGCCGAAGUGAUCAGCAAUUUAUCAAGUGACGGACCAUUGACGUCGAGAGCAAUCUGUAAUCUCUUUGGAGCAGCAUGGGACAAAACAAUACCACAGAAUUUCGAUAACGUGAUUCAUGGUAUUCAAACGUUCUUUGAGAUGACUACAACGGAGGGCUGGGUCACCAUCAUGCUUACCAGCGUGGAUGCCACGGAAAUUGACAUGCAGCCGAUCCCAAACCACCACGAGAGCUGGGCAUUUUUCUUCAUCUGCUUCAUAUUGGUGGGGACAUUCUUUGUUAUGCAACUUUUCGUCGGUGUUGUUAUCGAGAACUUUAACAACAUGAAAGAGAAGCUGGAUGGAACGUUUCAUCUAUCGCAGAUUCAACGAGAAUGGCUAACUAUCAACGACGCCAUGCUCAAUCUACGACCUGUACGUAAGCUGAAAACGCCACGUCAUACGACUCGGCGAGCAUUAUUUCGCAUUGCACUUAGCCCCACACUUGAGCUAUUGAUCAUAGGCUGUGUGCUGCUAAACACUGUGUUCAUGGCCAUGGAUUAUUUUGGAGAAGAAGAUUUAUACGAGACCGGCUUAAACUAUCUGAAUUACUUUUUUUCAGGCAUUUUUGCACUUGAAGCAGUGGUGAAGAUAAUUGGUUUGGGCAAAUACUAUUGGAAAGAGCCGUGGAAUAUUUUCGACUUUAUCGUUGUGCUGGGUACGCUUUUCGGUGUGAUAUACCAAAUGUUUGGCGGGAGCUCCAUCGGGACUGCGGCUUCUACAGUGCGAAGUUUCCGCGUGGGGCGUUUAUUCCGGUUGGUACACUCGGCACCCUCGUUACGUCAACUUUUCAAUACUUUGUUGAUAACGCUCCCGUCACUUGCAAACAUCGGUGGACUUCUCUUUCUAGUCUUCUUUAUCUAUGCUGCAAUGGGGGUGCAGUUGUUCGCGAAAAUAAAGUUUGGCGACUUGAUUACUUCGACGGCAAACUUCCAGUCAUUAUUGGCUGCCAUGAUCACCCUGGUUCGUUGUGCUACCGGGGAGAGGUGGAAUGAUGUCAUGUACGAACUCGCGAACCAGAAAGACUGCGUGCCUGACCCGCCUUACGACCCCAACUCGUGCGGUAUCAGUAGUGCUGUAGACUGUGUACCGCUGAAUGGGUGUGGCUCGCCAGUGGCUUUCGUGUAUCUAUACAGCUUCACGCUACUCGUCACAUUCAUCCUUCUAAAUAUUUUCAUCGCUGUGAUCUUGGAGGGAUUCGCGAAAGAAAAAGACCGUCAGGACGGCGUUCUACUACCUCAACAUUACGAAACGUUUGUCAAGAAGUGGUGUCAAUUCGAUCCUGAAGCAACAGGUUUCCUCGAAUGGCAUUUACUACCAUCAUUUGUUGCCACUUUAGAUCCUCCAAUGGGUGUGGGGACUAAUCUCAGGUCUUCGUCGAAAGAUAUUCAAGUUUUUGUAGCCUAUCUUGACGUGCCCAUAUUUCGCGAUAACAAAGUGUUUUUCAACGAUGUUGCUCGACGUGUAGGCAAGUUUGUCAUUGACGAGCUAAGUGACCAGCCACUCGAAGCAUUACCCAAGUCGCUCAAUCUUGAGAAACGAUGGCGAAAAUACCUAGCUGGACGGAAUAUUCGCAAGAGCGACAUCUCAGUUCACCGGCUAAACCAAUUCAGUGCUGCUGCUCUCAUCCAUCGAUCGGUGAACGCACUCAUAUUCCGCGAAGAGCUCAACGCAGGAGUCCAAUUAUUUGAAAAGCGAUCAAGAUCUCGAGUUACAUCUCUAGUUACAGUCGCAGAGCAGUGA